AUGACUGUGCAGAAGGUCAAACCACGCGGUACCGCGGCGGAGGAGCAACAACCCUCGGCGUCAGACAUUCUCUCACCAUCGGGCGAACCCCAUGAGAAUGACAAGGAGCAAUCGACGCGAAAUUGUUAUCGCGGGACCGGUCCACAGGACAGCGAGAAUCUCUUGGGAUGCGUCUUGGCCGAGACGGGUUCUGCUAUUUUCGCGGGGCCACUCGACAUGGAUAUACACGGGCCAUCUACGUUUGGCGGGAUAAUUUGUGCUAUCGAGGUCAUUCCACCCUGCUUGGUGGAGAAUGAAGCUACUAUUUCGCCCCACUAUAUCGCUUACAUCGAGACUUAA